ACUCCCGCAAAAACCCUAGGGCCGGCGGCCUCCUCGCCGCAAACCGCCUCCAUCCCCGCCGCCGCCUUCCUCCCGACAAGCCGGUUUUUUCCGACGCGUGAGAUUAUUCUCCGUGGGAGGCAAGGCGUCGGGCGGCUGGCGAUGGGGGCGGAGCUGCGGCCUGACGACAUGGAGGUGGAGGAGGAGGGCGUCAGCGACUCCCAGGCUUUCCGGUUUGUCGAGCACGUGCUCCAGUCCGUGCGGAUGGAUCCCGUUCUAGUGGAUCUAAAGGACAAAGACCAAUAUGAUAGCUUGCUAAAAAUUGUAGACUCUUCCAAGAAAAGGAGUUUCGAUGAUGAGGCUUUGCUAGUGCCAACUUUGAAGGCACUGUCAGAAGCAGUCUCCAAGAUAGACAUCACAUACCAUCAUGAACUUUUGAGCAAUAUAUUUACCAUGACUCUUUGGUACAUGCAAAGGGAUACAAGGGAUGCUCUUCUAGAGUUAAUCACCAGAUUGGCUGCUGUGGCAGAUCAGUUCCUCAGAGAAUGUUUGCAGAUGCUUGUGAACAAUUUUACUCCACCUGGACCGCUUACUGCUUUCAUUGGUCAACCAAGAUGGCAUGCAAGGAAGAAAGAAAUCUAUUCUCAGUUGCACGAGAGUUUGAGAGUGAUCUCUGAUACUAUACCUUUAGCACCAAGGAUGUUAAAGGAUAUAAUAGAUAGGAGUAUGCCGAAAUUAUUCGAUAACAAAGCUAAAACGAUUUCGUUUGUUGAGUGCAUCUUGGGUCUUGAUAAUGAUAGGAUGGGCGACCUCAUUGGAUCACUAUUGCUGGCGAAAGUUGUGGAUCUACUUACGGAAUUGGAUGUUAACAUAACAUGGGAAGAUAUACUCCAAGAGGAACAUCACAAAGGUAUAUUUGAUAUGGAGCUUGAAGAUUUGGAUGACGAUGAGGACAGCCUUGGACAAGAAGGAACAAAGGCCCUUUUUGGAGGAAAUGCCUGUGCUGAAAAGCUUGAUGGUUUAAUGGUUGUUUUUUGUGAACACCUCAAGGCAUGUAGUGAACAUGGUCGCCUACUCAAGGAAUUUGACAUUCUGAAGACUAUCUUUCGAACAUCUGUGCUAACGGUGCACAAAUCCAAAUUCGCUCAGUUUAUCGUGUUUUAUGCCUGUUCACUGGAUCCUGAAAUCUGCGGCAUUGAAUUUUCUCUCUUCCUAACUGACAUCUUUAUUAAAAAGGAAGAGGACCUACUUUCUAGAAUGUCUGCAGUUUCAUAUGUUGGAAGCUAUCUGUCUCGGGCAAGGUUCAUUUCUGCUGACACAGUGGUUGCUGUACUCAAAAGAUUAGUGGACUGGUGUGUUGACUAUUGUGACCUCCAGAACAACAAAGGAAUAAUAACUAAGCCUAUAAAUCACCAAAUCUUUUACGCAAGCUGUCAGGCAGUCAUGUACAUCCUGUGCUUUCGCUUAAGAUCUAUUAUGGACUACCCAAAUCUUAAAUCACAACUUUUUAACAUGCCUUUUGGAUAUAUCUUGACACACCCACUGGAACCUUUAAAGGUUUGCUUGCCAGUCAUAGUGGAUGAAUUCCUGAGACAGGCCAAGGCUGCUAGGUUGUUCAAUGCAUCUAUGAGUUCGGCGUUCGAAGAUGCGCUUGAAUCUGAUUUGUCCAGAACAUUUGGAGGAAUUGAUAGACUUGACAUGUUCUUCCCAUUUGAUCCUUAUCUGCUAAAAGAAUCUGACAGGUACAUUCGUCCAAAUUUUGAGUUCUGGUCCAGGGUAAAGACAACAUACAGCAAUUAUAACAGUGAUUGUGAUGAUGAACUAGCGGACAUUGAUGCACCUGAAAUGAACGUGGGCAGUUUGGAUGAUCAUGUUGAAAUAGAUUUGAACAGUGAUGAUGACUUAGAAUACUCAAUCAACAAGAUGUCCAUAACUCCGCACCACUCUUUCUUUCAUCAAACAAUGAUGAAUAGCGGGACUGGCCUUACCAUGCCUGCUAAAAUCAGACCUUCAGUGAGCCCUCCAUCAUAAUGGGUCCAAAGAUAAUCGCUGCUAUCAACUUCUUCACCUCACCAAAAGAAACAGCCGGGCGCUGGGAGUGCAUUUGGAGCCACCUUGUAUAAGGGUUCUACUAUGUAUCAGACGCAGAGCUUUCUUUGAUAGCUGAUAGUAGGGUCGAAUGACCCAUUCUUUUGCUAUGUAUGCAAAGCCCAAAUAGGUUAGUUGAUGGGAUGAAAUGUGUAGUACAGAUGUGUCCUUACGAACGAAGCGGGAGUGGUUGUGAUUACAUAAGCUUAUUAUAGACUAGUAGGAGGCCCUCUGGGUUGUAUAAGACAGGUUUAUGUAGAAUGUUUUUGCUGAUAUUUUCGUAUCGGAACAGCAGCUGUCUAACUUC